AUGGAUGACCCAUUAAGGUACUUCAUUGUCACUGGAAAUGGGUUGCAAGAAUUGGUUGAAGACUGUGAAGUUUGGAAUUUAGUAAACCAGUGUGGUAGUCCCAAGGUGAUAGAAAUCUGGAUUAUAAAAAGAGGGGUUGGUGAUGAUAGUAAUGGAGAGGGGUGUGGUGGCAGUGCAAAAAACUAUGAAGAAUCUGAUGGUAGUGAUGAUAGUGGGGAGGAAUAUGAUGGUAGUGAAGAGGAAUUAAUUUCAGAUGCAUUAGAGUAUAGAGGAUUACAUGAUGUAGAGGUCCAACACCAAGAAAAAGCUAGCUUGGCUGCAGUAGCAUGUGAUGAAAUUAGCUACUCUGAUGAAGGAAGCAUUGUAGGCAGUGAUGGUGAGACAAAAGGAAAGAAACUGCCAAAGUUUUUGAAAGUGAUAGAAGUAGUUGGGAUUGAUGCAAAUGAAAGUAUAUUCCCAAUUGCUUAUGCAAUUGUAGAAGGUGAGAACAAAAACUCUUGGACUUGGUUUCUACAGUUGCUAAAGAAAGAUUUGGAGAUUGAUGCUAUCUUAGAAAAUGACUUGACAGUGAUGUCAGAUAAGCAAAAGGGUCCCAUACCAGCCUUUGACAGUGUGAUGCCUGGUGUUAGACCUAGAUUUUGUGUUAGACACUUACUCUCCAAUAUGAGGGUUGUUGGUUUCACAUCAAAUCCAGUCAAAGACAGCUUGUGGAAGGCAGCUAGGGCAUGUACAAUGAACAGUUUUAAGGCAGCAUUACAAGAGUUAAGAAAUGUUGAUGAAGGUGCAUUUGCUUGGCUUGCUAAUAAGCACCCAUCAAAGUGGUCUAGAUCUCACUUCACUGGAACACCUCAUUGUGACAUCCUGGUAAACAACAUUUCAGAAUCUUUCAAUUCAAUGAUCAUGGCAGCAAGGGAAAAUCCUGUCAUUAAUUGCUUGGAGUUUAUCAGGAAAAAAUUAGCUAUCAAGUUAUUUGAAAACAAGAAUAAGGCAAAAAAAUGGAAUGGGGUCAUUUGUCCAACAAUUGUGAAAAAGAUAGAUGAAAUUGAGAAGCAAACAGGAGGGUUGAUUGGCUAUCAAUGUGGUCCCACGCUCUUUGAAAUAAUAGGGACAGUUUCUGGGCAGUACAGUCAUGGAAAUGGGUCAGUUUGGCAUUAUGUGGAUCCUGCCUACUACAUUUCCACAUAUUUGAAAACAUAUGAGGGUUAUAUCAAGCCUAUGGCAGGUUUUGAGGAGUGGCCUGCCACAAACAAGGAACCUCCUUUUCUACCAGUGUAUAAUGCUAAACCUGGAAGACCUAGAAAGCCGAGAAAGAGAUCUGGAGGGGAGACAAGUAAAGCUGGUGAGUCUAGUAGACAAUCUGUUUACUUGCCAAGGAAGCAUGUGACUUUACAUUACACUAAAUGCAAAUAA